AUGUCAUCACCACAAAUGAGGUGGAAGCUGCACCGUUGGUUCGAUUGGGCCUCGAGGCACGGCGUGUCCCUUUCGGAAAUAUAUCCGGGUUCGGGAGUACGUUCAUUGAAAUUAAUCGACAUACUCACGCGGAUGAGUAAGGCAAAUGAGAGUGAUGAAAACAUCGAAAAUGUAUCGGAGAGCAAAAAAGUACCAAAAGCCACAACGCCAUUGCCAGACAUCGGCAUGUGGACUGAAUUUGAAAAAAUAGCGCCUUACCUUGAGGAGAUCCAUAUCCUCUACAAACCUACCGACUUUGAAUACCAUGCUCGGGUCUCUGACUUAUUGCCGAUGGUCACAGAUGGUGGGCAUGUCGAAGGAGGUGGUGCCAAGGGUAAAACUCAACCCGGAGGAGGUAGAGACGGUAAAAAGGUCACGACAGCAUCAAGCAUUGCGGUUGCACCGGCUUUCCUGAGUUCUUUGAAAUGGCAGGAGAAGAUAACAAACGGUAAAAACGGUCCCUUAUACAUGCUGAUCGAUUCUAUGGACACGAAAUUCGUUCUCAUUGAUUACUACUGGAUGUCAUCGGAAUUGCCCGGUAGACGAGACGACUCCAGUCCCUCGUAUUUGACCGUUGAGAAGUACAACUUUUUCGAAAGGUCGAAUGACGACGAGCCUGCAGUUGCGUCGAUUCAAACCUGUUCCACUGGUGCAACGAUCUUUGAAGCCGGACCCGGGAGACACCUUUAUCGCAUAUUUUUCCGGGCGGAAUGUUCCUUCGUCAGAAUCUUGUCAGACACUAUUUUCCACCUUGGUGACCGGCUAAGGAUACAGGAGCUGAUGUCCUUCGAGUCGGACAGAGUUGAGGCCAUUGCGAACAAUAUCAGCAACAAAGUGAGCCAGGCUUUUCAAGCAUUCGGUAAGCCGGAAUACGCUGGUCACCUUCGAGCCUUGUACAAGAGCUAUAUGCCGAGUGAUGCUGACGUGCUGGAGUCCAACUUGGACAAAAAAGUGAGGUCGAGUGUACACGAAACGUUUCUUAGAGAAUUGGGGAUACUAGUCCAAGACUCGCUUUUAACCGUAACCGAUAGUGCCGUGAUAUGUCGAGCACUGAGAGUGUUCUUCAUGAAUUCGGAAAUCGCUAUUCGUGAAGGAAACUCCAAAGAACAGGUUCAGCCAAAUGAAAAGGAGUGCGACGAUGAGGACGCUGAAUUAACGUUUUACGACAAAGCGGUUGUCGGAAUACAGUCUUUCUUUAAGAUGGCGCUGAUGAGAAUGUAUAAAAGCAUGCACCUUUCGUCGCACAAUAAGCACUCGGAAAUUGCACAAAGUCUGCGAAAGGUGGUCGAAUUGUUUGACUACUCGAAACGGGAGUCAGUAGCACGUUUACUGGUACGUAAAGUCAUCUCGAGCAUUCCAGCCGAAGUCAGGACCCUCUUAUACCCUUGCAACAAGGACCUCAGCCACGUCUUGAACAUCGACGAGUGUCGAGGCGUCCUGCGAAACGUUCAUCCAAACCAAUGGGUCCCGAUUCUGAGGUUUGUUGUGAACGUGCCAAGACCGGGUGAUCGAGUCUUUGCAGCCAUGGAUUUCGUCGCAAGUUUGCCAAGGUACUUGCUCAGGGUUGUGAAUAAUGAGACGCACCGCGAGGUCGUGAGGAUAGGGAGCACCGUAGCAACAGCUCAUUACCCGUACGUCGAAAGCGGAUACACUGUGAUCGGUUACGGAUGGAGUGAUGGAAACAGGUUCAAGGAACUCAAUUGGCACUUCCGUGUUGCAACUAUCAAGGGUGAGCCAAUGUUCAGCCCGGCAGUCAGCAAGUGGAUUAAACCACCAGGUCUCUGUGUCCAGGAACUGUCCAACAUCUAUGUGCCAAACGUUGGUGAUAUAAUCGGAAAAUGGAUCGUCAAAGUCGCCACCGACUCAUUGAUCUCAUUCAGACUUUCGACGUCGUACGAUCUUGUGGAAAUCGUUUUCAAAGUCUUUGACAGGGAUGACAGAGUAUUGUACGAGGCCACUGGUGGUUCCGUUCUCAUUUUACCAUCCGUGCUGCUCUCUCAUGUCGAAAACCGCGAGAGUUUCGAAGGUAGCAUUCUGCAGCUCUCGCGCUCAGAAGAAGGUGGAGACACCACGAGGACACGGGGUCGUUCGAAAUCGCUCAGUCUUCAUUCCACCAAGGAAGUUGACGACAGUCCAACUGAGUACCAUGUUCGCGCCUACGUUGCAAAUGACUCCUGGCCGUUGAAACCGUCCGAGUGGGUUGUCGCGAAUGAAGUCAAGGCUAGAGGGACCAUUUAUGAUCCACGAUAUGGCAGAACUUCCACGUCCUCGAUACUAAAACGUGGUACCAGGAACCGGGCGUCGGAACGGGGAUCUGGAGACAGAUUUGAAACUGGUUUAACUACGGACGGUUCUUCCUCUACGAUACUGCAGCAUCCGUCGUGUAAGCUACAGGUCGUAACCGAUGCUGGAACAAAAGUUCAGGUAGUGCACAAAAAAUCAAUUGUCGAGCAGGACAAGCGUCGUGAAACCGAAAUUACAGCGAUGAAGAGGUCGUGGGAAGAAUCGGAGCCAGGGCGUUUGCAGCGAGGACGUUCUCUGAGGGAGUCAUUCCUGGAAGAGAACUGCGUGGACUUAACGUUAUCACCUGGAUCAGAAAUGGUGGACUUUGGUUCAUCCGAGGACGAAGAAGGGCCUUUAGUGAGUCUAGGAGCUGGAGAGAUCCGCACCCUGAAACCGCCACCAAAUCCUUCGCGGAUUCUUCCGCCCUGGAACAUUACGGCGUACGUGUCGAAGGACGAGGAAGAGGAGGAUCGAUGGGUGAAAACUGAGGGCGACGAGGAGGUGCUGAGGAAUCAGCGCACCAUUUACUCUCUCGAUUUCGAUCAGGCGAAAGCCUGUCGCGUCGAAGAAGACGCUGAAAUGAUUCGAGAGCAGCGACGCCGCUAUUCCGAACUCUUUAACUCUUACGCGAGGAAAGUCGAGGAGUAUAAGAGACUUGGCGAUGCUGUGACCGAGAUGAGAAAGUUUUAUAUAUCCGAGAUGAAACCCGCGUCUCCAAAUCGUGACGGUAAGAACGCCGAGGAUACGAGUAUGAAGAAGAAGAAGAAGAAGAUGAAGUGA